CCUGCAUUUGUGUGUGAAUUUUGAGACUCCCCUGACGUGGCUCGACUCACACACAAAUGCCUUUUUUUAAACAGAUCUGCAACCAAUCAGAUGGCUGCCUUAUUUUAGCCAAUCACAAGAACGCACCCCACGUGGGGGAUUGUUUACUCAUAAGCCAAUCACGAACGCGUUCGCACAGCGCUACGUGCCUGUGGUGCGGGCUAGCGCGGUCACGGUGGAGUUCAGUCAGUUGGUUGAGCCCUCAAUAUGGCUUCUGGCAACGACAGGGGAGCGGAAUCACUGAAGCGUGAAAUCCUUCAGAGAUUGCAUGACCGACUGCUACACAUCUUGGAGAGGCAGCCUCUCGACAUGGAAGGGUUACAUUUUGUUUGCCAUCAGAAUUUAGUUUUAUUAAGUGCUCUGGAUGACGCAGUGAAUGUAGGAGAAGAAUUACUGUCUGCACUUACAAAUUUGAGUACUGUUAUCCAACAGGAGAUGGAGAAUGAGCAGACAUUUAUAACACUGGAUUUGCAGAAGGGCUUUAGUGGGCGUCCACGAUUGACAACGUCAGUAGAGACCCUCACACAUCUUCUAGAACUUGGGCUGCCAUCAAAAUGCAUCGCUAGACUCCUUGGUGUGUCGAGAGCUACACUUUUUAGGCGGAUGGCUGAAAAUAAUCUAUCUAUAUCUGCCUCAUACAGUGGCUGCAGUGACGAUGAAUUGGACUCAUUGAUCACAGGAAUUAAGAGCACAAUGCCAGAUGCUGGGUGCAGAGUAGUCAAAGGUGCUCUACUUGCACAGGGACACAGAGUGCAAUGGGACAGAGUGUAUGCAUCCAUGCAUCGUGUGGACAGUGUAGGUGUACUUUCCAGGAUGACUCGUCUGAGAUGUGUGGUGAGGAGGACGUACACAGUUCCUUACCCAAAGUACAUGGUGCACAUUGACACCAAUCACAAGCUCAUCAGGUACAACUUUGUUAUCUUUGGGGGAAUAGAUGGCUAUUCAAGAAAGAUGAUGUACCUCAAGGUAGCAGACAACAACCGAUCUGAUACACACCUGGCAUUCUUCAAUGAAGCUGUGAAUGAGCAUGGGUUUCCUCUGAGAGUGAGAGGAGAUCACAGAGGAGAAAAUAUGGGGAUAGCGGAAUUAAUGUUCUCAGUUCGUGGAACUGACAUUAACAGCUUCAUUGCGGGGAAAAGCGUACACAAUCAGCGGAUUGAGCGCCUCUGGCGUGAUUUGUUCAUGAGUGUUACAGGAGUGUAUUACAAUAUCCUGCACUCUCUUGAGGACGAACACCUUCUUGACAUCAGCAAUGUCCUACACAUAUUCUGCUGCCACUAUGUUUUCCUACCGCGCAUUCAGGCAAGCCUAGAUGUCUUCAGUGAUGCGUGGGACAACCAUCCCAUCAGGACUGAGCAGAACCUGACACCAAAUCAGUUGUGGCAGGUGGGCCAGGCCCUUAACCCCGUUGCAGAUCCUGAUUCUGAGGGAAUACCCAUCCCAGAGAUUCAAUGGGAGGAGAGUGGCUACACAAAUGAGCCUCAUUCCGGGGUCAAUAUCCCUGAACUGGACAGUCCUCUUUUGGAUCUGGAAAUGAUGGCACUGCGAGACAACAUGGAUCCAUUGCAGCAAUCUGACUGUUUGGGGCAGAUAUAUACAUCAACACUGUCCAAUACGUUGAGAACUUAA